AGCACCCUCUCCCUGGAGCCAGACCUGCCUUGGUUGGGGGGCCUGUGAGCAGCCCCCUCAGCAAGGCAGAUCUCAGCCCUGGGAGGAGAUGGGUGCGUGGUGCCGGGGGAGGGGCGGGAGCCACAUCAUCUAACAGGUUGGUCGGGCUGCGAGGCGUCCCGCCCUCAUGCAGCUAAUGAGCACUGUGCGACAGGUGUCUGCUCCUCAGUCCCCAGCCUGCCCUGCCUGCAACCGGAGCCUGCCGCCGCCACCCCUCAGAGGCUUGCUCCCCCGUCCCUGCGCUCUGCCGGCCCCGGGGCCCCAGGGGGCUGCGAUGGCCUGCCGCUCCUGCGUCAUCGGCUCCAGCAGCCUCAGCAGCUGUGAGGUGACUUCCUCAGGUGGCUCCUGGCCUGGGACUGCGGCAUGGGGCAGCUGCGGGGGCCCCGGGCCGAGCUUCAGCUCCCGCAGCCUCACAGGCUGCUGGACAGCUGGCACCAUCCCCAAGGUGACCAUGAAUCCCAGCCUGCUGGAACCUCUGGACCUCAAGGUGGACCCAGCCAUUCAGCAGCAGAAGAACCAGGAGAAGGAGGAAAUGAAGGUCCUCAAUGAUAAAUUCGCCUCCCUGAUUAGCAAGGUUCAAGCCCUGGAGCAGCGCAACCAGCUGCUGGAGACCCGCUGGCGCUUCCUGCAGAGCCAGGACUCGGCUGCCUUUGACCUUGGGCACCUCUACAAAGAGUACCAGGGCCGGCUGCAGGACGAACAGCGCAAACUCAGCCAGGAGCGGGGCCAGCUGGAGGCCAACCUGCUGCAGGUGCUCCAGAAGGUGGAGGAGUCUCGGAUCAGGUAUGAGGAGGAGAUCGCCAAGCGCACAGACAUGGAGUUCACCUUUGUGCAGCUGAAGAAGGUAACCUGCUCAGCCUGCCCCAGGGCCUCCUUCCUCAUGGACUUUCUGCCCUCUUUCCCUCAGGAUCCCCAAGCAAAACCCCCAGAGGCCGAGUCCCAGAGCCAUAGGCAGAGAGAUACGUGCCUGUCCCCACCCUGCUCCUUCUCCCAAGCUCUGAGCCAGGCCUCCUCUAGGAAUCGCCCCCGUCUCAUCCAGGAAGCAAAGUUCCCCCACCCCACCCCUGCCUGGGACCCCUGCACUCCUGCUCCCAUCCCUCACCCCUGCUUUCACACCCAGGACCUGGACACAGAGUGUCUACGACGAACCGAACUGGAGACCAAGUUAAAAGGCCUGCAGAGCUUUGUGGAACUGAUGAAAACCAUCUAUGAGCAGGAGCUGAAGGACCUGACAGCCCAAGUGAAGGAUGUGUCGGUGACCGUGGGCAUGGACAGCUGCUGCCGCAUUGACCUGAGCGGCAUCGUGGAAGAGGUCAAGGCCCAAUAUGAUGCCAUCGCGGCUCGCAGCCUGGAAGAGGCCGAGGCGUACUCUCGGAGCCAGCUGGAGGAGCGGGCCGCCUGCUCAGCAGAGUUUGCCAGCAGCCUCCAGAGCAUCCGCAGCGAGAUCGCUGACCUCAAUGUGCGCAUCCAGAAGCUCCGAUCCCAGAUCCUGUCCAUCAAGAGCCACUGCCUGAAACUGGAGGAGAACAUCAAGGCAGCCGAGGAGCAGGGGGAGCUGGCCUUCCAGGACGCCAAGGCCAAGCUGGUCCAGCUGGAGGAGGCCCUGCAGAAGGCCAAGCAGGACAUGGCGCGGCAGCUGCGCGAGUACCAGGAGCUGAUGAACACCAAGCUGGCCCUGGACAUCGAGAUCGCCACCUACCGCAAGCUGGUGGAGGGCGAGGAGAGCCGGAUGGACCUGCCCUCAGCCACCGUGGUCAGUGCUGUGCAGUCCAGAUCUAGAACCGCUGCCUCCAAGUCCCGCCUCUCGAGAGCCCCCUCCCGGAAAAAGAAGAACAGCAAAGGCCCUGUGAUCAAAAUCACCGAAAUGUCAGAGAAAUUCCUCUCGCAGGAGUCAGAGGUCUCAGAGUAAGGCCGCUAUUGGGACCCCAGGAGCCCCAGGUCACUCCCCUGCAGCAAGAGGAACUUAAGCUAGACUCUAGAAAGCAGCUUGGAGCCUCUAGGUUGAGAAGGGAAGCAAACCUGAUCCUGAACUGAGAAGAGGAGGGUUCAAAAGAGUGACUGCUGUUUUGUGGGUCACCAGGAAUGGGACAGGACUGUCACCAGUUAUUCAGAGUCACUGGGCUCCACAUUGAUAUCUCAGUUCCAGCUUCCAAACUCUGGCCAGAGGUUUUCCUGACUGGGUCAGUUUUGCCUUCACCUCCUUGCUCCUCUGAGGCUCCUCCUCCAACAGAGGGCUCUGACCAAGAUCCCUUUGACCCUUUGCCCAACCCUUGCCCUAAACUCACAUCUCAAGCCUUGCCUUGCCUCUGCCUCGGAACCGAGGUGGGUGCCCUCGCUCACCCAACCCCUGCCAGCCACAGGCCAGGGGCUAAUGGGGACUGUUUGGGAAUCCUCCUGUAUCUGGAGUUCCUGGGGAGGCUGGGUGCUGAGGACCCCUGGCUUUCCUGCACCACCUAGGCUCCCCAGAGACCUGACAGUAUUAGGGAGAGAGAGAAGGCGGCUCCCUGGGUAUUUGGAGCCUGAGCCCGGACCUCUGUGAUCAGCCCAGAAAUCUGUGCUCCUUCCCUCCUCCUGUGGGUCCCUCCUAGCAGGUCACAAUCAGAAUUGGACAGGCUGCCCAGCCAGCCCCCAGCACCUUCCCUAGAAGCUAUUCUUGCCAUGACAAACUGCCGAGGGUGGGGGUAGGGGACAGAAGAGUAGCCAGAUGGCAGCCUGAGACCAGACAGAAGAAUUGGAUCCCUCUUUCUCCUCCCUGCCAUCCUGGGGUUCACCUCCCUGACUGGGAUCUGAGCUCUCUGCCCCCUGCCCAGGUGUUACUCAGCCUGAAACCUAGCUUGGGUGCACCUCGCCCUGAAGACCCUUAGCCCACCCCUUCCAUGAAACCCCAGGUCCAUUUCCUGUGAAUCCCACUCCUUAAGGUCUCUGUUCUCUCCAUCAAGCUAAGCAGCCUGGCCUCUCCUACGCUCUGCACCCACACCUGUGGGUUAGAGCUCCUUCUCUUCCACCCCCUCUGCCCCUCCUCCCUCUAUGCCCAUCCCCUGCCACUACCGGGGCCAUGAAGAAGGCACUGUCCACUCGGGUCUGGGAGCCUCUGAGCCCUUGAGGUCAGGCUGAGGGGCCCCAAUAACAGCCAAAGAGAAAUCUGCUGCCAACAAGAAGAUCUGGGGCUGGGAGGAAGGCUCCUCUUCCCUCCUCUGGGCUCUCGCCUCCAGGGCUUGCAGGGGGAUCCUGGCAGCUUCAGCCUCCCACUCCGGACGCCACCUGCUCUCCUUCCCUCUCCCCUCCCUACCUGCCCCUUGCCUCACCUCCUCUUCGAGCCCCAGUCUUUGAUUCAUUCAUCUCAUUUUCCAGGAUAGAGUGGCCCAAGGCCUCGGCCCUUCCUUGGCCUCAAGGUCCUCCAGGCCUAUGGUGGGCGCCGAAGGGCUACUGACUCUCAGACUGGAGGGAACUCACAUAUACUCAUCCCUCAAGUCCCAAAAGGGUGCUGCUUGCAGCUUUUUUCUCCGCCUAUUUAUUGGUUUCCAAGGGAGCAAAUCCUCAGUGGGGGUACAAGAUAUAAAAAGUUUAUAUAUUAUUUUUUCAUAACUUAUGUGGCUUUUAACUUAUUGCUUCCCUUCCUGUUUCUGCAUAAUCAGUGCUAUGUAUUAUACUAUCUGGAUAGACCACACAUACCCCAGCCACCCCACCCAACUGGCUGACUGUCUUGGGGCAGUGCCCCCUUUUCCCUGCCCAAGGAUGAAUAAAGUGCAGAGAUUUAUCCAUG